CCGUAAACCCUAAACAUCUUUUAGCCGUUUCUAGAUCCACUCAUUAACGGAAGGGCAGCGAUCGCAGGUGGAUCAGUUCAGUUAAGCAGUAGAAUUCAUCGUGUGUGGCAGAGGCAAAAUGUGGCGGACUUUAGUACUUUUAGUUGCGUUGUGUCUUGCAGAUUUGAGCGCGCGACGUGCUCCUGAGAAUACCUUGAGUGAUCAAUCUGGCGUGAAUGACUGGAAGAAUCGUCGCGAGUAUACUUCUAUCCCGCUUAAACAACAUGUGGACCAGGACGACGAUGAUGAUUGUAAAUGUCUAAAACAAUUGCGCCUUUUGAGACGUCCAAAAUUUAGAACUAUAGUUAGAAGAAGCGAUAUAACGGCGGAACAAUCUGAAGCAAUGAUAGAAAACUAUUUGGAAGAUUAUCUGCUUCGUUUGUAUUUAACCCGUGGUUACUUGAGACCUCCACAACCACCCUUCAAAAAGAGCGCAAAACUUAAAUUGCGAACGGAAAAGCAAGUUCAACGACUGCCAUCAUUUCAACACGAGAAAGCUGAGUACUCAGAUGAGGAAAAUUUUCGAAUGUCCCAUAACAGUCGGUACUACAGUCAAGAACCAGUACCGGGACAGCUGUUGUACCCGCCAGUGUCUCCAAAGUUUCAACCGGUUGCCAAAGCUUACGCAAAUCCGUACGUAAGUGGUUUGACAAAGCCCCGGUAUGUAUCGUCGAUGCUCAUCCCGCAUUUCCUGAACAAAACUAUUGCACAACCGAAUGAAACUGUGCGAAAUAUUCUACGGGUUAACACCAACGAGAAGGAAAACUAUUCGGUGGCACCUAAACGGGUGCGGUAUGGUAAAAAUUCCGGUUUCAUAAAUAUUCAAAGCUACAAUAAAAAUGACACUGUUUCAGUGUUGGAAAACUGAA